CCCAAUAGUACUCGGACGGACAACUUCCAACUCAAACCACACCAUGGUCAUGAGGCACACCCGCUUCUGGAAUCCGUUUCCCAGCAUCACGAGAGACUCGUCCAGAACCAUCAACAGUAGUCACCACCAUCGUCGAUGAUCUUACUCGCAUUACGAUGCUGUCAAAUGCCUCAUCACAUGACCAACUACACAGCCCAGGUGCCCAGCACGUAGGUUUACGUAGCAGACGAUUCUCACUCGUUCUCGAAGCUUGGUGUGCAAGAAUAAAAGUCGUUGGCUCUAGUCCCAUAUUGUAGAUUUUGGUCUUGUGUCUCACCAAAAGACAAAGACAAAGUCCAAAGUUCAAACAAACAAACAAAUUUCAACCAAGAUAUCAAUCCAGGUUUGUCCGAAACAAUGCCAGUCCUCGACAAACUCGACAAACUUAUGCAUCCCAAGAAGCACACCGCCGGGGAGCAAGCCCCAGCCGAUGCACCGCCGGCCGAGGGCCAAGCUCCGCAGCCCACUGCCGCUGAGACACCGGCCCAAGCAGUAACAGCACCAGCGGUAGAAGCAACUCCCGCGGCGCCAGGAGGCGAGACGACGCCCAAGCGCAGACAGUCCAUCGUUGACAAGCUCGAAGAACAAGUCGACAAGCUACUGCAUCGGCGGUCGAGCGGUGCAGAAGGCAAAGAACAUCCCGCCGUCGGUGAAGGCGAGCAGCCAAAAAAGGAGGGCGAGCACAAGUUCCAUUGGCCGCAUCUGGGGAAGGAGGAGAAGAAGAAGGAGGAGCCCGCGGCAGAGCAGCCAGCACCAGUCGCGGCUUAGGAAGCUGUGGUCCCACCUGCGUAGUAGGUUGGUCGUCGAGGAGGUUUUGGGACGGAGUUGGUGGUGGAUGGGCACCGAGGAGAAUGAGGAUUUGAGGUGAGGAGUGCAGCAGUGGAAGUUGAGUUCGAAGUCGCUAAAAGGGAAAGGGGAAGGGAAAGAUUGAUUGUGUAAUGAUGCGCUGUGUUUUCACGAUACCCCUUUUUACGUUGUUGGAUGGACACAAGCGAUACCCCAGCCCUUUUUAUGAUACCCCAGUGUGCGAAGAAACAUGAACCUGAAGGUGGAAUGAAUGUGUACUUCCCUAGGUAGGCUAAUGGAAUGAAUCAGCUGCGGCCACAACAUUAAUGGCUAAGAUCAACCCCGAUUUCUAGCCCUCUACUGUGGUAUAUGUGCGGCAAUAGUCAGGAUGAAUUGUAAUAUUUUCUGUAGCUGUUAAUGGACUCGAUUGUCCGAGGAUAGUUUUAAAGGAAUGACAAUUGAUAUUCAUUGGUACUUA